GAUCUUUUCAACAAACAAACCACUUUAGGUUCAUAAUGGUGGCUCUCUGAUUAAUACGGUUCGCUAUCGAUUAUUCCACUCGAGGAACGCUUGUUGCAGACUUGCGACAUCUUACUUUUCUUCUGAACCCCUAUUGACCCUACGAUAUGGAUCUCUAAAGUCUUCGCAUUACUCUCUGCAUAUCUAGUGUCUUUAUUAUAAGGUUGACGAAAUUCACCUUUCCGCGCUUUACUAUUAGGCCCGAAUUGAUUUCCAUCCGUUCGAAAACAAUCCUCUCGAUAACACAAAUCUUGGAGGGUUUGUGGUUACUCUGAUCAAACAAAUCAAUCAUUGUUCUUUUUUAAACACGUGCACUUCACGUGGGCCAUAGAUCGAAUGCCUCCAAUACGUCUUGACGAGAGUGACGACGACUCUGAGCUUUCGGACGUUGACGUAGCUGAGAUCGCCAGUGUAGCUCUCUCGGAUACCCCAGGAUCUACAGUAAUUCCAACUGCCACAGGCUUACCUGGACACGAUGAGAUGAAUAGGAAUGUGUCUCCUCCUAGAUCUCAGACCAUUGCAGCAUCAUCAAACCCAGAAGAAGAUGGUGGAAUGAUUGGUCUUGCCACCCGGCCACUGUUCCAUGACAAAGGCGAUCCACGAAAUAGUGUAAAGGCGGAAUCUGAGUCUCCCAAACAUACUCGAUUGACCAUACAAAAUUCGGGACGUCGAGGCAAGAAGUUAUUGUUAUCCACCGAACGGGAGUCUGGAAAUAAUCCAUCCGAACAACCACCGAAUACCCUGAAGAGAAAAUCAUUUCCAAGUGACUCUCCUAAUAAUGCUUCCACGAGUCCCACAGCACACAGACAGCUUCGUCGUUCAGAUCUUGUUACGCCAACGCUAAGACAACCUUCCAUAGCGACCUCUGAACGUCAGUCCAUCCGCCACCACGAAUCACCAUCCAAUGCCAAGAUCCAAGAAGAAACUGCUCAUUUAAGGGAAGUUUUAUUGCAUGUGUCAACUGAAGCGACUCAAGAAAUAUUGAAGGAGCAGUGGAGAAACUUUCUUUUCACGAAUGCAAAAGAGUCACACAUCACAUUCAUUCUUCGAGCUGGAUUGAAGAAUGCUACUCCUAAUGUUCUUGGACGAAUCUACAACGACUCUGGUGUCAUGAAAGAUGCCUUCUUGGAGACUAUCACCUCUAAACAGCCCGUUGUCGCUAGGGUUCUCAAGAGUGCAUCUGCAAAUCAACUUGCAGAUCUUGUGCCCAGUAAAGUUCUGGAUCAGGCGUUAUCUGAACGGUUAAAGAGUGUUCCAGCAAAAACGCUCAUACGAUGGCUAGCUGAGGCUGACAGACUUGGUUACAGUCUUGAUGACAUCCUGGAUGAGAGCGAUGAGACUGUCGUACCAAACAUACCGAGUAGGGCGCAAAGUCAUGACGCUGAUGAUGGUGAUGAUAAUGAUACAGAAAUGAUAGAUGAUGGACAAAAGAAAUUGGAAGCCCCUUCUUUGGAUCCACUUGUUGCUGAACAGGAACGAAUCAGCGCCCUGCAAAAGUCUCAAAACGAUGCCCAAGCAAAUCCUCCACGCGAGUUAAGAUGCCCCACAUGCACCUAUAAGUUUGAUACCGUUAGAGGUCAUAAUUUCCAUCGACAGAAGAAUAUCUGUACUAGAACUCAGCCUCCGGGAUUAAAGUUCUAUUGUGGUAAUUGUGCUCAAGGCUUUACGACCAAGCAAGGAAUGCUAUAUCAUGAAAAGAAGCGUGUUUGUCUUGGGGAAGAAGGAAGUGCAGACGACGAAACCAUUUAUCAAGACUACCGAGACGUUGUUUCGAAUUCGCCAAAUGCUCAAUACGGACAGCACCCUGAUCACCCACAGACUACAUCAUUUGGCAAUAUCCCUCGCCCACCUCUCCACACUCCAGCAUCGCGUUCCAAACAUAUCGAGGCGAUUAUUGCUUCAUCUCCCUGGGACGGCGAGGCUCGUCAUUCACCAUCUGAAUUGCCACCCGAGAAACGUGCUGCUUUAGAAGAUGCUCUUCAGAAAAUCGAAGAGAAAUAUCUCGAGGAUCAAAGCAAGAUUCCCGAGGACUGGACUCCCGAAAGACGAGAAGCACGUCUUAUCUCUCUCAAGAAUGGAAACGCAUCCCGCAAAUCUCAAAUCCGCAAACAAUUUGGUGUUACUCUUCGUAUGCGCGACAGAGAUAAAGAGGCAAAGAAGAUUCGCGAGGUUUUGGGAGCUAACUCUCCAAUGGUGCCUACUGGCAUGAACCGAGCUGAAUACCGUAAUUCACCAACGGUUGCUGGCUAUCCAGUAAAUCCUCAGCAGCAAAUGCAACCGAAUCAAACACCGGCCAGCAUAAGAAUGGAGAUGGUGGAUGUGAGACCUGCUACAGGAUUCUCGCCAAUCAAUGCCCCGCCGCAAAACCAGCAACACCAGCAACAUCAGCAACACCAGCAAUAUCCGCAAGCACCACCAGGUCACCACCCAAUGCAAUAUUCAGGUCCACCUCAAGCUCAAGGUUUCCAACAAAGUAUUCCGCCUGUAUCACAACUUCUGUCGCAGCAACGACCUAGCCAGGACCACCAAAUGAGCCCCCUUGGGUAUCAAGGAGCUCCGGAGCAAGCAUACAGAGGACCAGAAGAUCACGCAAACAAAAGACUCAAGCGUGGAUCAAGUGCAGGACUGUCACGAUCAGAUGAAGAAAGAAGUAGGCAUUUUGCAUCAGCUGAUUCGACUCCAAUGGGUGUGAAUGAGACAAGGGUUUCAGGGGGAAGAACUCAGGCUUAUAACGGUGCGGGAAUGCUCUCUGUGGAAAAUCAAAGAUCUGUUUCUGCAGGAGCAAAUGGUGCUAUGAUUGAAGGUGAGAGUAGACCAAACUCUGCAGGCUCAAGUACUGUGCGAAAGAGGGUGCCAGUUGGUGCGUUGCAGAGGCAAUGGGAAGCGUUGAAUGGCAAGGGGCCGGGUAGGAAGUCGGAGGUUGAAAAUAAGGCGGGGAAUGUAUUAAUGAGUAGUGUGGACGGGAAUGAGAAAGCAAAUGGACGGGCUGAGGGUGGAAAGUUGGUUAUGGGUGGUAAAGGUAAGGAGCCAAUGCACGAGGGAGUUAGGAAUGUGGUCGAUUUGAUUAGUGAUGAUAGUUCGAGUGAGCGUGGAAUUAGGAGACCCAGUGGAGGAGGAAAAUAGACUCCUGGGAGGGGCAGUGAGAUCCUGAAGAGAUCAUACAUUUGUUCGAUGGAAGCAUGGAUUUUCAUUUUCAUUCAAGGCUACUUGCCUUUUCUUUUAUACCUGUUUUUGUCACACAAGCUUUUUUUUUUCUUUCUUCAUUCGGAGACCAAGCAAAGGAAAAGAAACAGCGAGAUAGGAGACUUAUUGGAAUCUACAUUACAGAAAUGGAUAGAUGGGAGAAGUGUCAAGAAACGUAUUGUAUUCUAAAUACCUCGGUCUGCUUUUUUCCCUUUUUCUUUUUUUCAAAACAGUUUUGAUGCGACUCGAUGCGAUUCGAUAAAAUACAAUACGAUAGUUGAUGAUGUCCUUGGCCUACAAGAUCGUGGCUUUAAAUAUCGUAUUUUGAUGAAGAUGCAGAAGAAGAAGAUGAUGAUGAUGAUUACUUAGUUAGUUAAUACGAUGAAAUUACUGGAUGUUGAUUUUCGAGAACAUUACAGGAGUUUUUAUUGGAUGGAUGGAUGGAUGGAUGGAUGGAUUGUAUUUGAUAGUGUAGGUAGUGUAUAAUAGGUCAUUAGAUAGUACCUACCUAGGUAGGUUGAUUGAUUAAUUGAUCACCUCUUCCACCA